AUGAUCCUACCGCACAAGCGCAAAGCCGCCAUCAAGGCCGGAGAGUAUGAAGACACCGCGAACGACGAGAAAGUGGUGAAGAAAGCCAGGCGCGCCGGCAGCCGCAAGAAGGGUUCGAAAGCGACGAAGAAGUGUCCGCUCAUGGAGCUGCCAGGUGAACUUCGAAACCGCAUCUAUGAGGAGGCACUUCGUGAUGAGGGCGGACCGAAGACGAGCGACGACACUGCCAUGCUCAUUGGUCCUCGUUCUGGUCCUGAAUGGCCCUUACUACGGAGGCUUGCAGGCAAGGCGAACAAAGGUGGACGGGAAAUGCCCAGGACUCGACCCAAGUGGCGCGAACCGAGUCUACUGAUGGCUUCGAAGCAGAUCCGCCAGGAAGCCAUAGGCAUCUACCUCGAGGUCAACAGGUUCAAGGCGUAUAUCUCCAAAGGAGUGAUCGCCGGUGCGGUUCAAUGGAUGAUGCGGUACCACAAACUCUGUGGUGCCAGGAUGUUUGAGCAGGUUGACGUUGAGAGCUAUGCUCUUUCCUGGAAAGAUUGGGAGCAGGAUACUGGAGAGUUGUUCUCGUUCGCAAAGCUGAUAUUCGUUCUCCCCGUCGACUGCGACAGCCAAGCUGCAGAAUGUGCAUUGUGGAACAAAUUCCUCGAUACCGACCACUAA